CAAGCGCACUUUUAUUGAGGGGCUCUGUCCCUCCCUACCUGUCUGUCGAGUGUUGACUAACACCUCACAGGCAUCGCAACUUGCAAGAGACUCGGGAUCAAAUUCUGUUUCAAACUCAGGAGGGUUGACCGAUUCAUUAUGCAUCCAUCUCCACCCAGGGAGGAGCUCAGAGAACUGGCGUUCCAGGGAUGGGCGUGCCUAUUUAUUCUCCUGCUUUGCGUCGCUAUCCUACUGUUUGUUUUCUGGGGCGAUAUGCGGUCCUUAAACGGCCGCAACCUGGAGGAGCAAGGUGUGGCGGAACUAGACUUGGAGUCCCAGACAGACAGGAGGGGCCGGCUCGUCACGGAGACCUCACCGCUGCUGUCACACGGCGAUUCUGAGCUUACUAUGGGGUCUACUGCCGUCGGCUCGCCGAGUUUGACCUCCAAGCGGACCGACAGCGAUUUGUCGUCAUACUCAGCCGUGACUCCUCAGUCGGACACGUCGCCUUCAACAACAUACGGAGGUGUAACGGGAGGAGGCGAGCGGUGACUGACCGGAGCGCGAGAUAUUGUUUUUGCCUGUAUCUUAUAGUCCGUAUCGUUGGCACCCUGUGCUUAAAUGAUGGUAUUUACGAUGCGAAAUAUCCGCAUCUAGUGGAGAAUCCCAAAAUCUCACUGGGUACAUGUAUCCAUAUGGAAGAGCGAACA